AUGGAUGCAGGAGCGGCCCAGUAUUUACAAGAGAAUGUCGGAGGCAUUUUAGCAAAGGCACUUGCAGAGAUGGCGGUCGUGCAGCCGAAGGAUGGAGUUGACUUUCUGUCGAAGUGGUUGAUGCAAUAUGCAGAGCAGGAAGAGGCGAAGGAGCAAAAGGAGCAGGUAGAGAAGGAGCUCACGGAGCUGAGAUCCCAAACCAGGGCGAAACGGGACGAGAAGGAGCAGUCAAGGCAGCAGAAGCAGUCAGAAACCCAGCAGUUAGAAUCCAAGUACAGCACCCUCUUUGAGAAGUUCAGCAGCGAUGAGACAAUGUUUGAGGACAAGCUCUGGCAGGAGCUAGUCGACGUGGCGCAGGCAACCGCUGGAGCUUCGGCAGUAUACCUUGGAAUUCUGGAGCAAGGAGAGGAGGGUGGGGACCCAGCUGGUCCGUACAUCAGUUACGAGUAUGCUACCAAAGGGUCAGAGUGGAUGACGCAACAGAUGCUUGCCGAGGGUAAAGGUGUCACAUGGGGGGCAUUGACUGAGAAUCCGGCGGAAGAGAAUUUCAAGGACCUCUGCCUGUGGAAGCCACCAAGCGUAGAGCCAGUACCCGAAGAGCCCGUGGACGGGGAGCCGCCUGCCGAGAAACCUGGCACUCCAUACUAUCCUGUCAGCAUUGACUGCGUCACUGAUGUGGAGAAAGUGCACUACUUUGACAUGACCCGCCUGGGGGCCUUUUUGGCAAUCCCCAUGGUUUACCAGUCCUACUACCAGAGUGAUGCGUAUACGGAUGCCAAGACAUUCGAGGAAGAGAAGAAGGCAGAAGCCCUGAGGCGUGCUGAAGAAGCAGCUGCCAGAGCAGCCGCGAUCGCAAAUGGUGAGGUCCUGGAGGAAGCCGAGCCCGAAGUCGCGGAGGAGAAGCAGCUGGUCAUGCGGGGCAAUGACGUGAAAAUGGUCCUUUGCCUUGACACGCUGGGCACCAACACCUCCUUUGAGGAGGGCAAUGCGGUGAAGGUGCUGGAGCUGGCCAAGGCUUGCUGCCAAUCUAAGUCCAAGACAGAGUUCAAGCAGGUGGAUUCUCAAGCAUUGAACGUGAUCGAUGACGAAUUGCGUGCCCAGCAGAACGAGCAGAUUACCGAAAUUGACGGGAACGUCGAGCAGAUGCAUGCAGAGCAGCUGGAGCUUGAGGAGGCGGAUGCCACAGACGAGCUUCGGAAGGAGGUGGUUCAAAAGAAGUUUGCCUUCUUGCGUGCAUUGGAGGUUGCCAAGGAGCUUUCUUCGAUGAUUUCCGGCUUGACAAGCUGGGUUUACGCCACGCCCGAUCUCAUGAACGUGGUUGCAGCCCUGGCGCAUUUCGCCGGCUACACCAAGGCUGACAUCUAUCCGAGGAGGAAGACGACCCUGAAUUGGCAGCACUUGAAGCAGCUGCUGCAGAAUCCCUUGCAGUUGCUGGAGAAGGUUGGCAAGGUUGAAGUCGAGGGCCCGAGGAAGGGCCUUCUGCCAGAGCACUUGCAUGCCUACAUCACGCAGCUGGGAUCUCCAGCCGAAAUGGAUGCUGAGAAGGCGAAGGAGAUUGCGCCAGCAUUCCUCAUGCUCUUCCAGGUCCUUCAGGCUGGGUGCGCCUACCGCGCAGCUGACCUGGAGCUGCGCAAGGCAGAGUUCAACAAGCAGAAGGAGGAAGCUGGAGAGGAAUAUGACGGGCCCGCGCUGGAAGACCUGGAUGACGACUUUCGGGCGUCCUAA